AUGUCUAAAAAUAAUAAUCGGAAUAAAAGAAAAACAGAUGCGGACAAGGAACAUGUAGUUCAGACAGUUAUGAGCAAAUAUUUCGAAAAGAGCGAAACAAUCAAUCCAAUCGAAACCGAGCGCAAUAUCAGGAAACGACAAAAAACAUCAGAUGAACCAAAAUGGCAACCGCCAAAUUGGAAGGAACAAUGGGAGAAUAUUUUAGCGAUGAGAAUAAGGAACAAAGAUUUAGAACCUCGCGGUUGCGAUACAGUUGGCGAUAAUAUUACCGAUGACAAAAUUCGUCGUUUACAUGUUUUGGUGAGUUUAAUGUUAUCUAGUCAAACAAAAGAUACAAUGACAAUAGCAGCAAUGGAUCGUUUAUACGACGUUGAUUUUAAUAUACAAUAUGCACUUGAUGUCGAUGUUGAUGAUUUAGCGAAAAUAAUCUAUCCGGUUGGAUUUUGGCGACGAAAAGCUCAAUAUAUUAAACAAACAUGUCAGAUAUUACGAGAUAAAUACAAUGAUGAUAUUCCGAACACAAUUACAGACCUAUGUGCUCUACCCGGUGUCGGUCCGAAAAUGGCGUAUCUAGCGAUGGAUUUUGCCUGGAAAUCAAAUCAAGGUAUUGGUGUUGAUGUGCAUGUACAUCGUAUUUCACAUCGACUUGGUUGGUUACGAUAUGAUACGAAAACACCGGAACAAACUCGUUUGGAAUUAGAGUCAUGGAUUCCUCGAGAUUUAUGGGAUAAGAUCAAUCAUAAUAUGGUUCGUUUUGGUCAAACUCAAUGUUAUCCUGUUCGUCCUCGAUGCCCCACUUGUUUAAACCGAAAUAUCUGUCCAGCAAGUACUAGUAAAGACAAGACAAAGAAUGUCAAACAAGAAUGA